AUGCAAACAGCGAACACUCGACGAGCGGCAUUUGCUCGUUCACAGACGGUUUCCGAGGGACCUUCAACAACACCGACACAUUGUCAACAAAGCAUUCUCCGUCGUGGGAGUAAAUCGAAUCGGAGUCGAUCAAGAGGAAGAAAUGGCGGUCUCUCCAUCUCUUCUCUGACAUUUUCCCAGCGUCAAGCCCUCGUCGCUUCAUGGAGAAACAUUCGUCCGACAGCGAAUUCUGUGAUGAGAAAGAUCUUUCUCGAGUUGGAGAUCGCUUGUCCGAAAGUCAAAGAUCUUUUCUACAAAGCAGCUUUGGUUGACGCGUUUAAUAAUGAAGGAAAUACAGCGGCAACGCUUGACGAACACGUGAAAAUGAUGGUGAAGUUAUUCGACGAGUUGGUGAACACGAUUGAUGACGAAGAACAGUGCACAUCACAGAUGAAACAAGUUGGUUGUGUUCACGCGAUGUUGUCACGUAGUUGCGGCUUCUCAGCAGAAAUUUGGGAAAGAUUGGGCGAAGUGGCAAUCGAGAGAAUAUGUGCACACGAGGGAGUCAUUAAAUCUCGUGAAGCAGCUCGUGCAUGGCGAACACUGAUCGCGUGUUCGGUGGACGAAAUGCGCAGCGGAUUCGAGGGAGAAGCACGCGUAUUCAGCAGUCGAAUGCUGGUCGUUCCCGAAACAUCCGAAAAAUCUUCAUCAACAGAUGCUCUUGAAAUGAAUGAGGGUGAAGGAUCUGAGCUUUCACAAAGACUUCAACAACUCCGAAUCGAUUUUGGGCAAACUUAUCAAAUG